AUAUACAAAAAAACUCCAUUUCUUAUCUUUCAAAGAUUCCUUCCUACACACCCUCAGUUGAGUCAUUUCACACAACCACCUACCCUCCUUAAUUUCCCCAUUCAUAUUGCCAGGCCCCGUAGCUUCAAUUUACAAUUCGUUAUGGCCUUGGUGUAGUAAUUCAUAGGUGGUCAUCCCUUCUUUCUUCUGCAUUUCUUUCUAAUUACUCCACCAUUUCUCAUUAUCUCCAAUUAGUACUACUUAUUAUAUCCCACCAACCAAGACACCACUAUCACCAUUGGCUCUUCGUUAAUUCUCCAAAUUAAGUUGCAAAUUUAUCAGUAAAUUAGUUAUACUACUAGAAAUAUAGUUACCAAUUAUGAAAAUCCUUAUGGCCAUCUCCAGUGCUUUGAUGAUUCAUAGCGUUAUUGUGCUCAUCUUCUGUGAAGGUAUAUUGGGGGCUACGUUUACAUUUGUGAACAAGUGUGACAAAACUGUGUGGCCUGGAAUUUUGGGCACUCCAAAACUGGACAGUACUGGUUUCGAGCUUACCAAAGGCAGUUCUCGUUCAUUUCAAGCACCGACCGGCUGGUCCGGUCGUUUUUGGGGCCGAACCGGCUGCAACUUCGACGACUCAGGAAGCGGUUCAUGUGCCACAGCCGACUGCGGUUCCGGCCAAAUGGAGUGUAACGGUGGAGGAGCCACACCUCCGGCGACACUAGCCGAAUUCACACUCGGGUCGGGUUCGCAGGAUUUCUAUGAUGUGAGCUUAGUGGACGGUUACAACUUACCCAUGAUGGUAGAAGUUAGUGGCGGGUCGGGUCCAUGUGCCUCCACGGGUUGCAACGUGGACUUGAACCAAAAAUGUCCGACGGAGCUGAUGGUGGACGGCGGCGGCGCUUGUAGAAGCGCCUGUGAUGCUUUCAGGACUCCACAAUACUGUUGUGAAGGUGCUUAUGCUUCGCCGGCGACGUGCUCGCCGUCGGUGUACUCGCAGAUGUUCAAGUCGGCGUGUCCCAAAUCCUAUAGCUACGCGUACGACGAUGCCACAAGUACAUUCACAUGUUCUAAUGCCAAUUACAUCAUCACAUUUUGUCCCUCCUCUCUACCAAGCAAAAAAUCUUCAAAAUCAGACGGGUCGACGGAUGGGUCAGGUAGUGAGUCAGGAUCCGGGUCAUUUCCAGGUACUGAAUCAGGCACAGGGUCAGAGACUGGAGCAGGAUCCGGGUCACUUCCAGGUUCUGAAUCAGGCGCAGGGUCAGGGUCAAUGGGUCAGGCAAUGUUAGCGGAUGGAUCUUGGUUAGCAAGUUUGGCUACGGGGAGCUCGGCUAGUAAUCAACCGUCAAGGGUUAUUCAAUUUAUACCACUAAUAGUGGCUUUUGUAUUAUUUAUAGGUUCACUUUUGAAAUUAUAGAGUUUAACAUUAAAAUAUUUCAUUAAGUAGAGUAGAUAAGAUUGUUAAAUUGAAAAGAAGAAGAAAAAAGGAAUAAAGUACCAACGUACCAGCUUCUGUUAGGCUCACAUUGUAAACGAUUCCAUCAAUUCCAAUUUUCACAAAGUUCA